GAUAGAGAGAGAGGAAGCGCGCAUUGGCAGGCAGUCAAGCCUACAGCUGAUUCAAUACAUUUUCAGCACUAUGGACAGUUCCAUUCUGCAGCGCGAGCGGACAGAGGUGGUAUAAAAGAUGGUAGGCUAAGUAGCGCUGCUCCUAACACCGCUGAGACAACUGAGGCAACAUGAGCCACCAAACUGAGUUUCGGUCGGGUUCUCCACAUAGGAGAGCUCAAGAUGAAUAUUCCCGCUAUCAACACAAACUGUCCGGAUCCCCCUCGGCGUCCAGGACCGUUAUAGGCUUUGAGUCGGCUACCGCAUUUAUGAACAGAGGAUAUGCGACGACGACGAAGAGCGAAUUCGGAUCGGUUCCGAGAUCAUCGGAUAUCUUUUUAGAUUUAUCAAACACGUUUACCGGGGUGUUGACGAAAAUGAAUGAGAAAGAACUACUCCAUGGGCUGAACGGCCGUUUCACCGGGUUCAUCGAGAAGGUGCGUCAUUUGGAGCACCAAAAUGAAUUGCUCGAGAGGGAAAUCGAGGGUAUCAAACAGAAGGCACAGUCCCCCGCAUCUCUGGCACAGGAGCACGAGUCGGAGCUUAUGGAUCUGAGGAAACUAGUGCAUGACAUCACCCUUCAGAAGCGUCAGAUCGUGAUAGAACAUCGCAACCUGGAGGAAGACUUCCUCACCUUGAGAGACAAGUACGACCGGGAGGCUCGUGAACGCUCGGACGCAGAGAAAGUCAUCCUGGUGCUGAAAAAGGACGCCAACGACGCAUAUCUGGCAAAACUUCAGCUGGACAAGAAAGCGCAGUCUCUGGUGGACGAGAUUCACUUCCUGAAGAAAAACCAUGAGGACGAGGUGUUGGAGAUGGUGGCCCAGAUCCACGAGUCUCAGGUGACGGUCGAGGGGCACGCCUUUGCAAAACCCGAUAUCACUGCGGCUCUCCGGGACAUCCGUGCACAGUUGGAAGGUCACGCCGCCUCCGACAUCCUUGAGGCCGAGGAGGGCUUCCGUGUCCAGUUCACAAAGUUGACAAAAGCGGCAGAGAGCAACAGAGAGGCGCUGAAGGCAACACAGCAGGAGAUCCAGGAGAACAGAAGGCGCUUCCAAGGUAAGAACAUUGAACUGGACUGCGCGAAAGGAAAGAGAGAGGCCCUGGAAAAACAACUACAUGAGCUGGAGGAGCGUCACUAUUCGGAAAUGAUUAAUUACCAGGACACUGUCAGGCAGCUGGAGAAUGAGCUGACUGAUGCUAAACUAGACAUGUCUGGCCACCUGAGAGAGUACCAGGACCUGCUGAAUGUCAAAAUGGCUUUGGAUGUGGAGAUUCUCUCUUACAGGAAACUCCUGGAGGGUGAAGAGUUCCAUCUUUCCACCAUCUCUGACACCCACAUCUCCAUGCCCUACAUCUACCGCCAGUCCCCUGUCUAUACCCUGUCUUCCCUGGCCCGGCAGGGAGGGCCCACACGCAGGUCUGAGCCCCAGUACAAGUUUGUAGAGGAGAUCAUCACUGAGACCACCAGAGAGGUGGAGUCAGAGUUUGAGGAGACAGGCUCUGAGGAGACAGGAGAGGGAGAGAAGGAGGGAGAGGAGAGUGACAAAGCUGAGAGGAGGGGUAAGGAAGAGGAGGAUGAGGAAAAAGAGCAAGAUGUAGGUAAAGUGGAUCUUAAAGUGGAUGCCCCAGAGGAAGAGGGGGAACAGGAGGAAGAGUCUAAGGGCCAGCAGAUAGAAACAUCAGCAGAGGUCGAGGUAAAUGGAGAUGGAGUUAGCCCUAGCAAGGGAGAAAAUGGAGAGGAAGGAGAUGACAAAGGAGAGAAGGACAUUGACACAGGUGACAAUACACAAAGUGAAGUCAAAUCAGCUAAGGCCACCAGUGAGGAAGAGAAGGAAAAACUGGACACAACAGAGGAGAUAGACGGUGAGAUAAAAGAUGCGGGGGAGCCAUUAGAAAAAGAUAACACCACAAAACAUGACAAGUCCCUGCCAGAGGUUCCCAUGAAGGGUGACAUCUCCAUAGAACCCAAAACGUCAAAGUCAGAGGAUAUUCAAACAGAAAGUUCAAUAAAGGGUGAACCACAGGUCCCCACAGAGGACAUCUCCAAAGAGCCCAAAAAGGUGUCAGAGGAAAGCAAAAAAGAAAGCCCAUCAAAAGAGAAAAAAGAGGUAGAUCUGAAAGAGCAGAGCGCCCUAGCACUGGAGAAGAAGCCUGAUCAGAAGGCGCACAGAGAAUCAGACCAACUUCAAGAGGCAGAGAGUGCUGUGACAACACAAGAGGAUCUCCCUGAGCCCACAGAGAAGGACAUGAAAUCCCCUGAUAUCACUGCUGAGCUGAAAAACAGCUCCACCAAGGAGACGUGGGGACAGGUGACGUCACCAGAUGAUUCUGGUGUAAAAACUACACAGGAUGACAAAACGGUAGGAGGUAAGAUUUCAGCUGGACUUCCCAGCACAACAACUGAGUGUGAGGAAGAGCCUGUGCCAAAGACCCCUGAAAAAGAGGUUGGUCUGACAGAGCCAAAAAUGAGCAGCAAGGAUGAUAAUGUAAAAACUGUUGAGCAGAAUGAAUCUAAUGGCAGUGAAAAUUUCACAAACGAUAUCUCAACAGCUGAGGAAAAAGUGAAAGAAUCUGAUACAUCCUCUAAACUAGACACAACUAUCUCCCCUAAAGAGGAAACAACCCCACAACCAGAGCCAACCGUCACCCCCAAAGAAGAAACAUCCCCAAAAAUGGACCCAAUGGUCACCCCCAAGGACGAGACAUCACCUAAACCAGACCCCACAUUCACCCCUAAAGAAGAAACAUUACAAUCAGACCCAACAAUUACCCCUAAAGAAGAACCAUCCCCUAAACCAGAACCAGCAGUCACCCCUAAAGAAGAACCAUCCCCUAAACCAGAACCAGCAGUCACCCCUAAAGAAGAACCAUCCCCUAAACCAGAACCAGCAGUCACCCCUAAAGAAGAACAAUCCCCUAAACCAGAACCAGCAGUCACCCCUAAAGAAGAACAAUCCCCUAAACCAGAACCAGCAGUCACCCCUAAAGAAGAACAAUCCCCUAAACCAGAACCAGCAGUCACCCCUAAAGAAGAACCAUCCCCUAAACCAGAACCAGCAGUCACCCCUAAAGAAGAACCAUCCCCUAAACCAGAACCAGCAGUCACCCCUAAAGAAGAACAAUCCCCUACACCAGAACCAGCAGUCACCCCUAAAGAAGAACCAUCCCCUAAACCAGAACCAGCAGUCACCCCUAAAGAAGAACCAUCCCCUAAACCAGAACCAACAGUCACCCCUAAAGAAGAACCAUCCCCUAAACCAGAACCAGCAGUCACCCCUAAAGAAGAACCAUCCCCUAAACCAGAACCAGCAGUCACCCCUAAAGAAGAACAAUCCCCUAAACCAGAACCAGCAGUCACCCCUAAAGAAGAACCAUCCCCUAAACCAGAACCAGCAGUCACCCCUAAAGAAGAACAAUCCCCUAAACCAGAACCAGCAGUCACCCCUAAAGAAGAACAAUCCCCUACACCAGAACCAACAGUCACCCCUAAAGAAGAACCAUCCCCUAAACCAGAACCAGCAGUCACCCCUAAAGAAGAACAAUCCCCUAAACCAGAACCAGCAGUCACCCCUAAAGAAGAACCAUCCCCUAAACCAGAACCAGCAGUCACCCCUAAAGAAGAACAAUCCCCUAAACCAGAACCAGCAGUCACCCCUAAAGAAGAACCAUCCCCUAAACCAGAACCAGCAGUCACCCCUAAAGAAGAACCAUCCCCUAAACCAGAACCAGCAGUCACCCCUAAAGAAGAACAAUCCCCUAAACCAGAACCAGCAGUCACCCCUAAAGAAGAACCAUCCCCUAAACCAGAACCAGCAGUCACCCCUAAAGAAGAACCAUCCCCUAAACCAGAACCAGCAGUCACCCCUAAAGAAGAAACUUCACCAAAACCAGAAAUGACACCUAAAGAAGAAACUUCCCCAAAACCAGCCUCAAACAUCACCCCUAUAGAAAAAACUUCCCAAAAACCAGAACCAGCAGUCACCCCUAAAGAAGAAACUUCCCCAAAACCAGAAGUCACCCCUAAAGAAGAAACUUCCCCAAAACCAGAAGUCACCCCUAAAGAAGAAACUUCCCCAAAACCAACCCCAAACAUCACCCCUAAAGAAGAAACUUCCCCAAAACCAACCCCAAACAUCACCCCUAAAGAAGAAACUUCACCAAAAUCUGAACCAGCAGUCACCCCUAAAGAAGGAACUCCCCCAAAACCAGCCUCAAACAUCACCACUAAAGAGGAGACCUCCCCUAAACCAGAAUCAACCAUCACCCCAAAAUAUGAAAUAUCCCCUAAACCAGCCCCAACCGUCACCCCUAAAGAAGAAACAUCAAAACCAGCCCCAACCAUCAAACCUACCGAGAUCACCCCUAAAGAUGAAAUAUCCCCUAUAUCUAACUUAAUCAUUACCCCAGAAUCAACGACCACCCCUACAGAGAGUGAAACGAUCAACGGUGGUGACAAAGCUGAGACUGCCACACCACCAGAGAAACAGGUGCCUGCCGUUGCAAAGAGCAAGGACUCACACAGAGAGGCGCCAGAGAGCAGCACAACUCAGGCGAAACCAGAGGAAAGUACGGCUAAAGAGCCUGAGGUUACGGAUCCCAACGAUGAAACCCUAAAGACAGAGAACGUGAAGACUAAGGCGUCUGAGGAAAAACCUGAACAUGUGGAGAUAUCUAUUACAAAGACAUCGCCAGUGAAAGAACAGGAUGUAUCAGCCGUGGGUUUGAAAGAGAAAACUGUUGACGGGAAAACAACAGAAGGGGCACAAUCUAAAAUAGACGAGACAGGCUUUACAGGAGGUGAUGAAGAGAGCAAAGAUGACAAAACUGCGAAGACAUCAACAGGGCAAGCUGCUCACCCAAUUGCAGAAAAGCAAGCUAAACCUAAAACCUGGGACUUAACCUCUUUUUAGAAUGACCAGAUUUAGAGGUCAGUAGAGGUUUUCUGUAAACCUGCAUGAUUAGUGCAAGCCUUCAAAGCAAUAGGAGAUCUGCUCCACCUUGAAAGAUUAACUGACGCUUAAUAUGUACAGUAUCACAAUUCAUAACUGUCAAUUAUGAGACCAUUAAUGAGCUCCUGCGAGAGAUGUACUGUAAUAUGGAAUGUAACAAAUCAAAAGCUGUAGUUUGCUGUACCUAUUUUCUUCUGCCCAAGUGAUGAUUAAUGUGAAUUGGGAUGAUAAUGUUCAUGGUUGAUAAUGUGAUUUGAUAAUGCCUGAACGAGCCAAGAAAUAAAUGCUAUUGGAAGAGCAAUUCUGUUUCCAGCUAUUCUAACUUGCUG